UUUUCUCUCAUUCCAUUUUUUUCUAAAUUAUGUGCGUAGCCUAUGUGGGUGUGUCGAGGCUUAGUGUGGUGCUGGUGCGCACUCCAAAAAAGAGGUAGAUUAGCUAAAAGUUGAGAAUGAGUUUAGUUUGAAGCCCGUGUCGGAGUACCAGUAUGGCAGUCUGGACUCGAGCGGACAAAAACGGACAGUUGGAUCUUUUGCUCCGGGACCGCUGGGUUCGGGUUACGGCCGAAUUGGGCCGUGAAACUCUAACUUUAACAGCCGAAUCGGAGAUAAGCGGACCGGGGGGUAAUGUGGAAUACAACUCCCAGUCGGGCCUGCGAAAUGGAGUCCCAAACGGGAACGACCCGGGAAUGGUACCGGGAAAUCCCAACCGCAGCCAGUCCCCUAACCCACAGCAACACCCGAACCACGGUGCACUGAGACGGAGCGGCAGCCCGGCCCGCAGUGGGGUCGGUCGGGGUCAGUAUGACAGUAGUUAUGCGUUCGGUAGCCCCGGUUCGGGCAGACUGGCCCAUGAUAACGGGACGAACUCUGACUUCGGCAGUCCGGCGUCCAGCUACGGCAGUCCUGGAUCUAGCUUCAGUUCGAGGCACGGCGAGACGAACAUCAGCCCCGAGAGUAACGUGUCGGAGGCGGUGAGGAAAGUUCGAGUUGUCAAACAGGAGUCCGGAGGACUGGGCAUCAGCAUAAAGGGAGGAAGGGAGAACCGAAUGCCUAUCCUGAUCUCCAAGAUCUUCCCGGGACUCGCAGCGGACCAGAGCCGGGCUCUCCGGGUCGGCGAUGCCAUUCUGUCUGUCAACGGGAAUGAUCUCCGAGAAGCGACACACGACCUGGCGGUGCAAGCGCUUAAAAAGGCCGGCAAGGAGGUGACACUGGAGGUGAAGUACAUCAGGGAGGUGUCCCCGCUCCUGAAGAAGCCCUCCUUGGUGGCUGACCUGCCGUGGGACGGGGUGCGGGACGGCGGGCGGCCGCAGUCCCCCAGCCUUAGCGGGAGCGAGGACUCAGGAUCUCCCAAACAUUGUGGGGGCGGGCCCAAGGACAGGAAGGACCACUUUGCAGGCGGGGCCAAGGACAGGAAGAUCAUUCCUCUGAAGAUGUGUUUCAUCAGUAGGAACCUGACCAUGCCAGACCUGGAGAACAGGCUGCUGGAGCUGCUCUCCCCUGACGGGCGGCACACGCUGGUUCUGCGCUGUAAGGAUGGACCCAGCGCUCACUCCUGGUUCAGCGCCAUCCACACAAACAUAGCGGCGCUGCUGCCUCAAACCCUGGCCCACAUCAGCGCCAGCACACAGCGACCACUCAGACACAUUGGCUGGCUGGCAGAGCAGGUUCAGUUGGACGGAGGGCGGCACCAGUACCGGCCUGUCGUCAUGGCGCUGACCGAUAAGGACAUCCUGCUGUUCGACUCAGUGCCCUGGACCCGGGAGGCCUGGGCCAAUCCCCUGGUGACACACCCACUCCUGGCUACCAGGCUGGUGCACUCGGGCAGCGCCCGCAGCUCCCCGGCGCUGGGCGCGGAUCUGGUGUUCGCCACGCGGACGGGCACCGCGCAGGGCAUCGAGUCGCACGUGUUCCGGGUGGAGACCCACUGGGACCUGUCCACCUGGACCCGCGCGCUGGUCCAGGGGGGUAACGCCGCGGCCGAGCUCAUCAAGGAGGUGUCCAUUGGCUGUGUGCUGAACAGACAGGAUGUUCGCCUCACGCUGCACUAUGAGAAGGGCUUCACUGUGACGCGGGAACCCGGGGACCUGCCGGGGGGUGCUGUUCUCUUCCGCUACCCCUUCGAGAAGCUGAAGAUGUCGGCCGACGACGGAAUCCGCAACCUCUACCUGGACUUCGGGGGUCCGGAGGGGGAGAUGGUGUUUGAUCUGCACUCAAAUCCCAAGCCAGUGGUGUUUGUGCUUCAUUCCUUCCUGUCAGCCAAACUGACACGCCUGGGGCUGCUGACGUGAGGAAGGGGCUCGGGGUGUCACAUAUCACAACCCUCACCCCCCAACCCCCACAGUCACGUGUGAAGUGUCAGGCCACGCCUCUCUUACACAUUACCCAUAAUUCCUGUUUUGAUCAGGAUAACCACAUGUGCCUUUUAUAUUUAGUUAAGGAAAAAAAAAAAGAAGACUCGGAUUUUGUCAUGUGUCGAGUCAAGAGGCCAUAGUUUUAAAACAAAAAAAGCUUUGAACAAUAUGCACAAUAAUAGUAAUAAUCCUGUAUAUUUUAUUCUUUGUUUCUGUGCUUCAGUUCCUUUGCUUGUAUUCAAUGUUCUGCUUGACUAAGACUGUACUGUGGAAGAGGGCUCAGGGCUUACUGGAACAGUGAGGGGAUCAGAACCGAAACCGUGAUAACGCGGGGAGAAAAUCAGAGCUUCACUCAUAUUGCUGCACGCGCACAGCCUGCACACAACCCUCCCUCUCCAAACCAAGCCAUCCCUUAACACCCAGCAGGUUUCUCUCUUCUGUACCCGUAGUCUCUCAUCUCAAUGACAAUUGAUCAAAUUGCUGUAUAUUUUUACAGAGACCAGUGCUCUUUUCCACUACCCUAAAGGCAAACAAAGGAAGGGCAAUUAAAAGACUUUCAGCGUUUUCUCAGAACACAGUCCCACUUUGCUAUAUUUAAACAUGUCAAUGCAGGUCGAUUCGUGUUUCAACCUGAGCGGCACUUGGUAGAGAGCAUAUCUCUGCCUUAACAGUGGCUUCAACAGCCUUAAAAACUCAUAAUUUUUCCCUUGUCCCAAAGCCAGUUGUUUCACAAGGGUUCACCCAAAUCUGUCCUAAACUUUUAACCAGUCAGCCUGUGCAUAGAUAAACUGACAGACACACAGGAGUGGUCGUAAAAAACUGCUCCACCCAGCGUCAGCAGAGGUAACUACACAUUUUAUACACAUUUGUGGCUUCCUCUGAGGACAGCACUGCCCCCUUCAGGUCUAUGACUGAACCUGUGGAAUAUUUUAUGUGCCCCCACAGUGGUGAAAUGUGUCAUUAUGUUGUUCAUUACAGAGAAAUGUCGCCUUUUGAGUCAAAAAGAGCUUGUUCUCUGCAGGGUCCGUCCCAGGUUUGGUACAUUACUAUACUUGGUAUUGACCGAGAUCCCAGGGUUCCCUGUUCCCUUUAACUCAGAGAAGUCAAAGGAUAUCCUUGCUUUCUCCAAAGAGGAUUCAACUCAAAUUAUGUCAAGCUUUUAUCAGAAUUUAUCAGCAUUUACUGUUGUACAUAGAUGCAUUGAAAUGGACAUUGUUGGGCUGAAAUUGUACUUAUGUAGCAUUUUUAUGGCAUUCAGUCAUUUGAAAGCACUUCCUGUUAUAAAGUAAGAAAAAAACAUUUACACUUAAAUGCCCUAAACAUUGCAAAAUGUAACUCCCUGUGCCCCAGCUGCAAAGACUUAGUAAUGUUUUUAUUUUUUCAGAGAAAAGUUAGUAGUUUUCAGAUGCAGGUAGCUAAAUGCAACUUGAAGUGAAUAGUAUUGUUUUUCCUAUCAGAAUGGAUAGAUUCAGCAAUGCAGUCUUUUUUUAGCUUUCUUCAAAACACCGUGACUUGCUCCCGAAGUGCUGUCCAAGGCCAGGUCAAAGUAUGACAUUGUGGUUCCACAUCUGGUUACCCAGGAAAUGGGUUCAGCACCCAGGUGGGAUACUGCAGUUACAGCUUUGGUAGGCUAACACUCCAGCCGAGAUGAACAGCACUGUAAAGGAAAAAAUGUGGACUCUUUACAGUGUGUUGUGCUUCUGCUGAAAAUGCACUUGUAUUUUUGCGACAAUCAUUUUUUUGCUUCUCCAUUUAGACUCACGGUUGAAUCCUUAGGAAAAACUCAAACGUUGCUAACGUGGUCCUGAGCGGUUCAGUGAUGCGGUCACCCUUGUGCUAUACCGUAGGUCUGAGCUGUCCUGAGUGACCGUGGACAGUACCACUAUCCGGGUUUUCCACCGGUCCGGACCACGGCACCCGUGAAUGUAUCUCAACAAUCAAUCGAGCUUCCAAGGCACAGGAAACCAGCCAAACUGUCAUACUCUGACUGUUUUAUAUGAAAGGUGUUUUUGUUGUGGAGUGAGAAUGUCUUGGUUAAGCGUAGUUUUAAGAUUCAUGAAAGCCUUUAUGAACCAAAGUUUGAUAUUUGUGGCAGCUUGCGUUUUCCACAAUCAUAGGGGAUGCGCUCCUGCAGACCUGAUUCAUACAAAUGUAUUUUUCUCUUAAUGCGCACUCUUCAGAUAUAUAAAAACA